CUUUCUCUGGGCUCUCUCGAUGGGUUUGGACUCUGGCCUCUUUCUCGACAAGCUGGGCUCCGUGCCCUGCACCGUUGCACACAUAACGAAGAAACCAACACUCUUUUUGGGACUGCAGGUUGUGAAGGGUGGGAGAAGGGAAAGAGACAGAGCCUCUUUCCUUCAUUUUCCGUCUUACCUUCUUUCAAAACUCUGUGUCUCUGUCUCUCUCUCUCUCUCUCUCUGUCAUGGCUAGGUUGGUAAGGGGCUAUGUUGGUGUUGUUGUUGGAGUGGUGGUGCUAAUAGCUAUGGGAUGUGGAGAGGGAGGAAUAAGGAGGUGUGAGGCAGCAGAAGGGGUACUGCACCAUGUUGUUGGAGGUGAUCAGGGGUGGGAUGCUGCUUCUGAUAUGGCUGCUUGGUCCCUUGACAAGCUCUUCAGGGUUGGAGACAAUCUCUGGUUCACAUACCCUGCAGCCCGGGGGAGCAUCAUGGAGUUAGGGAGCAGCAAAGAAUUUGAGUCCUGCGACCUCAGCAACCCAAUUAGGAUGUACAGUAGUGGGCUCGACCGGGUGAGCCUCGACGCAGCCGGUGCGCGCUACUUCAGUAGCGGCAAGCUCGAGGAUUGCCGGAAUGGGCUCAAAUUGCAUGUCCAGGUGGUGCCCCAAGUCGAAGCCGGCGAGCAAGAUAAGCAGCUCGUAGGUGCUCAAGAAUUGGCAUUAGGUCCCCAACCAUCUGGCUCAAGCUAUAUAACAGCAUCAACUUUGAUCUUGAUUGGGCUGAUUCUGAUCUGUGCUAUGGGAUUCUAAUGGGCUUCAACUCAUGUGGGCUGCUGUUCUUGUUUCAUCUUUCACUUUUGUGCUUGUGUUUCACUUGGUUCCCAGUGUGCUUGUUUUUGGAUGUUAGGAGGAUCGUUUGAACAUCUUGUGUUUCACUAUCCUUGCUAAAGAGUCUUUAAUUUGGAGGAAAAAAAGGAGCAACUCCCAUGCUUUUAGUCUUUUCGCAUAAGUUUAUGAAACCUUUUAGGGUGAUGAUAUCUUCCUCCAUAUCUUUGCUUUGGUUUGUCAUUGUAUGGAUCUUGGAUUACAUUGUUGAACCCAUUCUGGAACUCCCUUUCAGCUCA